AUGUCUGAUAAUUAUUAACUUAAUGUAAGAGAUUUAACAAUAUAAAUAAAUUAGUUGCCUUAAUUUCCAGAGAAGUCAAUUUUCAGUUCAUGGUUUUAGAGUAGUGAAAGCAAAGAGGAAUUACAAGAACAUCUUAAAGUUAUUUAAGCUUACUUAGCUUAAAUUAAUAAGUAAGAAAAUAUUUAUAGUUAAGAAUUUUAAUCUACAAAACUGAUGCUAUAAAUUAUUUUGUUUGCAAUACAUUUGAUCCUGAAAGAUUAAAGCUUUUAACUUUUGGUAAAUUAACGAAAGAGAUACUUUAUAGGAAUUACAAAAAAUCAGCAUAAAUAAAGAAGAGUUAAUUUAAUAAAGUGUUUAGAGUAAGUGUUCGAUAAGUGGCUCUCACAAUUCAUUAAUAUUUAAUACCUCAAAGUGAUUUUGCUAAAGCUGAAUAUGAAAAUUUUAAGAGAUCAUAAUUAUUGAUAUCAGAUUUCACUUAUAUUGUAAAAUGCUUUGAGAUAGGUCACCUCAUUAAAAAUAAAUCUUUCUUUAAUAAGAAGAUCAAGAAAACUGUAUAUAAUUAAUUUCUUAAAAUGGUUGACUUAUAGUAUGAUACUAUAUAUGCAGUUGAGGAAUGGGUGGAAUAACCAAUGAAUGAAAUUAUAUUUUUAAGAGCUUAAACUCAUAAUCUUUUUCAAUUAGAAGUUAUUGUUGAAGCAAUUAUAGCAUUAGUAUCAGUGGCUCAAUAUUUAUAAUUUUUAUAGAUAUUUUAGAAAUAGUUCUCUGUAAGUUAUUUGUUUUAUGAUGAAAAUAAAGGAUUCAAAGUUGGUGGUUUAUCUCCUGUUCUUGCCUACAAAAAGAAAUAUCAUGUUUAUUAUAAUUAAGAUAUUAAUGAUUAUUAAGCUUUAUAACCACCUGAAAAUAAUACAUCAUCAAUUUAAUAUGGUUUCAAAAACAAUUUUAAUGUUUCAUCUAGAACAGAUGUUUGGUAAAUUGGUAUAGUAAUUUUAUCAAUGGCUUCACUUACAUUACCUGCUGAAUUGAUUUCAUAAGAUUAAAUUGAAAAUAAAUUGAAUUUAGUUUCAUUUUAAUAUGGGUAUGAUAUUUUUUAAAUUAGGGAAAUGUUAGGAAAUUUAAUUAGAAAUAUGUUGAUACGUAAUCCAAUUGAUAGAUGUUCAUUAGUAGAUGUUGCUAAUACUGCUCAAUGUCUUUUACCAAUGAAAUUAGAAUAUUUAAAAAAUGAAGAGAAAACUGAAAAAAUUUAAGUUUAAAUGUUAAUUUAAAUAGAUUACUUCAAUUUCUUAAUUAUAACUUGA